CAUCAAAUCUCCGUUUGUAAAUCUGAUAUCAAUUUCAAAUGAAAUUUGAAACUAAUUAAUUUUAAAUCGAUAUUAUCAAUUUAUACUAUCGGCAUAUAAACUCUAUAGAGCACUUUAAGCCAUUCGAAAUUGAUAUUAAAGUAGAAGAAGAAAACGGUCUAAUAUUAUUUGAAAGUCCCUUUUAAAAAAUAAAUAAGAAAUGGGACAACAAACGGGGAAAAUGCCAGACACUUGGGAGGAGUUAAUGGCUGAAAAAGAUAGAGUUUUGCAAUGGAGUUCCGAAGUACUUGCACAAAUUAACGAUAAUAUUCACAACGAAGAUAUAUUUUUGAUGGAUUUCGAGAAUGCUAAAAUAGAUGCCAAGGUGGAAAAAUGGAUAGCGAAUAAUAAAACUCGGAUCGAGAGUACAAUGGCGAAGUUUCCAGACGCAGAUAACGACUCUGAAGACUUCAUUACUAACGAAAUACCAAAGAUCAAGGAACAAAUUCAGUAUAAAAUGAGAAAGGACUAUCAAAAAGGUUACACUGAUUUAAAAAAGUUUAGCAAAAGGGUCGACAAUCUGGGAAAUGAGGAACGUAAAGUUCACAAAGAGAUACUGCAGUUGGAAGAUUCGUACAAAGAGAAUCCGAAAAAAUACCAAAAAAAGUUUGUACCACUGAGGAUGAAAGUGUUCAGUAAUUUACGAAUUGGUGAAAAAAUGUUGCAUGAGGAAAAUAGACUUAAAGGUUUAUCAAAUUGAUCAAAAGAGUUUGGGAGAGUGCAAUAAAAAAAUUAAGAAACUCCUGAAGAGAUUUGAAAGAUUGGAAAGUACUUGAAUUAUUGAAAAAUAAUUUUUCGAAGAUUGUUGAGAUCAUAAAGUGUUUUAGGCAGGUGCAGAUUUAAAGAAAUAUGCGAUCGCUUUGAAAAAAUAGAUAUGUUAGUAGUAAGGAUUUUAUUUAAAGGUGUUGAACAUUUAAAACUAUUCAGUGACUAAACUGUCUAAAAGUUACUUAAAUAGUCUUCGUUUAUCUGGUGUUCUGUUUUAUAAAUUAAUUUAUGAAUUAUCUACAUGGUAAUAAAAUAUUUAUCACAG